AUGGCUUCUAAACAAAGUCCCGCUAAAGUUACCUUGGGAAUGAUAAAAGGUAAACCAAUAACUACGUCUGUACCUGUAAUAAAAUACCACGCGAGUGACGACGAGCUAGAAGAACUAUACCCGAGCACCGACGAAGAAAAGCCAAAGACUCCCGAAUCAGAAAGAACAUCCCCAAAAUCGAGUCCGUUCAAAAUAAAAAAACUAAAGUCUGACAGUACUGAAAGUAAUGAAGACCUGGGUGAGCAGAGGUCCUCAAGCUUGGACUUGUCCGAAGGAGGUACACCUCCAUCCGAUCCUUGGAAAGUGCUAUCGGACAUCCGAGGCAAGAUAACAAAAACAUUCGAAGAAAAGCUAUCUGAGAUAAAGAGCGAGAAGAAGAACAAGAGCCGCAGCAGGGAGAACUCCAGCGUGAGCGACCCCGAUGACCUGGGGGACGUAACGCCGACUGAAGAUGUCUCGGAGAAAGUUGACAAAGCCGAGAAGGAAUCUCCGUCGCCUUCUAAAAGCAGUAAGCCGUCUAAGAGCCACAGGUUCAGGUUCUCCAAUAUAAAGACUGGGUUGAAGGCCAAGGACAAGGCUCGCGAAGAAAGCAUCGAGAGCGGAGUCGAAGCUGCCGAGCUGGUGGAGGUCGACUCCAUGUCGCAGUCCAAUAUUUCUAGGGGUCAAGAAACUUCAGAAAUUUCUAGCACUUGCACAGUUAAACAUUUAGCGUACUCGAGGUUAAUUAAUGACCCUGUAAGAGAAUUUUCCAAGCCUGGGAUGAUAAUAACAGAGCUGAAGAGUUAUUUGCUGUCUAGAAUAUUUGGACUUUUGGUAUUUUUGGGAUUGAUUAGUUACUUAAUACCUAUUUUAGCUCUAGCUACUGGCAUUUUUGCCGGUAGUGUUGUUGUUAUCACAGUACAAAGAAUGAUUAGCAGAGUUAGCAAGGUUGUUGCGAUGCCGGUUGAGAUGGAAGACUCUCAAAAACUGGAGACUGUCCCAGUGCUGGAGAUUCCUGCGGUGGAAGAGUACGCGGUGGUUGAUAAAUUCGAGGGGUGGCUCAACGAACUCCCGUACAAUUAUGACCCGGAAAAUUAUCACGUUGCUAGGACUCAGUCUGUUUAUUUUAAGCUUGAGGGGGAUUCUCUGAGGGUCAGUGAGACCAGGACGAGGAUUCCUAAGCGAGCUGUUUGGAACGAGCCCCAGCCGACUGCUAAAUUCACCCGUAGAAGAGUCUACUCUUUGGUUGGAGCCAAAGUUGAGUUAUUACCCGAGGGUUUGACUCGCAGGCGGAGAUGGAGCAAAAAAUAUCCCAUAUGCGUUACAUUAGGCCGCGAGGGUGUCGUUGAAAAUAUAACACUCGAGACGCCGUCUGACGAUGAAUUACUUACUGAGAAUGAGAAGGAUAAGUUAAUUGUCGAGGAGGAUGAAACAGACGACGAUUUGUCUUUUUCGAAAGAUACUAAAGAUGUAUUUGAAGAUUGUCAUGAUGAUGUUGAGGAUCUCAGGUCAAAAUUGUUUUUUUUUGGAAGAACAGACCGGCAAAAAGAGGAUUGGUAUAGACGACUUGUUUUAGCAACAAGAUCGUUUAACAAACGUAAUUCGAUACCGUCCACCAAGGAACUUACGUCAUCAUCGAAAGUAGAAGUCCUGUGGCUAAAUGCAUUAUUCGGUCGAAUACUAUUCGACUUACACAAAUCACCAGACAUGAUAAACGUCCUACAGGAUAAAAUCCAGCGAAAAUUGUCGAACAUCAAGCUCCCGUAUUUUAUGGAAAGCUUGAUGAUUUCAGAGCUGGUAAUUGGUCAAGGAGCGCCAUUCAUCCACAAAGCUACCAAGCCGGUGGUCGAUGAAAGAGGCCUGUGGAUUGACUUAAAUGUCACUUACGAGUGUGGGUUGACAAUGACAGUCGAAACCAAGUUGAAUUUGAUGAAAUUGACCCGAGCUGGCUCUGUAGUAAAUAAUCCUAAUGACAGUAAUGGUAAUGAGUCGCCCAAGCCUGCCAAAUCUCCAAUGUUCGAUAGUGACGUUGAAGACAGUCCCGAAACCUCGACUGAAGAUGAAGAGAGCAUAAAUGUGCCAGCUAGUACUCGAGAAUCAACACCCUCUCAAUCUUCCGGACGAAAGUUUCUCAGCAUGGUCGAUAAAUUGGCGGCGAAUAAAUACUUUCAACAUGCUGCCGAGUUGACUUACGUACGCAGAGCGAUGGAAGGAGUUUCUAAUACCGAGAUACGAUUAAUGGUUAGCGUAUCAAGUAUAGAAGGAUGUCUGUCUAUCAACAUACCACCACCUCCAUCAGACCGAGUUUGGUAUGGCUUCAAACCAAUACCCAAGAUAAAUUUAGACGCCCGGCCAGCUGUUGGUGAACGAGCAGUCAACAUUGGCUAUGUUACUAAUUGGAUUAAGACUAAGCUGUUGAAAGAGUUUGAUAAGAUUGUUGUUUUGCCAAAUAUGGAUGACUUGGUCAUACCACUUGCUCCAAAUUAUCCGUAUCAAACUUCGGCAAUUUAA